AUGUGUGAGCGGGUGAGUGAGAGCGCCCUGCACAAAGUGCGCGGCGUGCGGCCUUCCUCCGGGGCCUGGAGCUCAGAGAGAGCCUCCGGCGGCAGAGAGCCUGGAGGUUCCCCGCCCCAGGAUCGCCAGGAUGGGAGCAGCAAUGGGAACCCGCCUCCCCCUCACCUCUCCUCGACCGGGCAACAUCUCUAUAGCCCCGCGCCGCCCCUCUCUCAUACCGGAGUCGCCCAAUACCAGCCACCACCCUCCUUUCCACCUUCCUACCAGCCGCUGACUUAUUCCCAGUGGGCAGACCCCUACUCGCAUCUGGGGGAAGCGAACGCUGCCAUCAACCCCCUGCACCAGCCGGUGCCCGCCGGGGGUCAGCCGCAGGCCUGCCCCGGCCGCCAGAGCCAGGAGGCUGCGGGCUUGCCCUCGCACCACGGACGCCCGGCCUGCCUGCUACCCCAUCUCUCCGGGCUGGACUGCGGAGCUCUGAGCGCCCACAGGGAUGGGCACGCCCUGGACGCAGCGGGGCGGGCGGAGAACCUGGGCCUUCAUGACAUGGGGCAACCCAUGGACGAGGUGCAGAGGGUGGAUGAGCAGCCCCUGCUUCUGCAUGAUCAGACUGGGAUUCGCCAAGGUCCCAUUUCAAUGACCAAGAAUGCCUUGAGUCUCCCCUGUCAGAAGGAGCUGGUGGGACCCCUACUCGCAUCUGGGGGAAGCGAACGCUGUAGGGCCACAGGAAGACUGUCCCUCCUGGGCUCCACGUCCAAAUACAAAGUGACAGUAGCCGAAGUCCAGAGGCGAUUGUCCCCGACUGAGUGCUUAAAUGCCUCAAUCCUGGGAGGUGUUCUCAGAAGAGCCAAGUGUAAAAACGGAGGCCGGUCCUUGCGGGAGAAGCUGCACAAGACUGGGCUGGACCUUCCAGCCGGCAGAGAGAAGGCUGCCCGCGUCACCCUCCUCACGUCCUUGGUAGAAGGGGAGGCCGUUCACUUGGCUCGGGACUUUGGGUCUGCCUGUGAAGCUGAGUUUCCUAGUAAGGCAGUGGCCGAGUACUUAACUAGACCUCACCUCGGAGGACGGAAUGAGAUGGCGGCAAGGAAGAACAUGCUGCUGGCCGCGCAGCAAGUGUGUCAAGAAUUCACGGACCUUCUCCACCGAGACCAAACGCCCAAUGGGAACAACCGGCCGGCCCCGGUCUUAGAGGCGAACAUUCAGAACCACCUGUCUCACUUCAGCCUGAUGACCCACGGGUUUGGCAGCCAGGCCAUCUGUGCCGCCGUGUCUGCCAUGCAGAACUACAUAAAAGAGGCCUUGGUCAUCAUAGAGAAAUCCUCCAUGAAUCCCGGGGACCAGAGUCCAGCAGAUUCCAGCAAGACCUCAGAGAAGAUGGAGAAGCAACGGAAAUGA